AUGACAUCAACUAAAGUAGGCUCGAAGAGUCAUGAUUCGGAGAAUUGUCUACAGGUCUGCUCUGCAAUAAAAAAAUCAUAUUAUCCCAAUACUAAAAGGAUAUAUGAAAAGCUUGAUAAAUUUGAAGAAAAAUUCUGUUUAUUGGAAGAAGAAAUAGAUGAUCUUACUGAUAAAGCAUUAGAGAUUAACAAUACCUCAAAUUCUGAAACUGAAUUAUCUGAUGAUAUUUUACCCGAUGUUAUUACAGUAAAAAAGAUACAUGAGUCUAAAGAUCUCAGCUCUAUCCAUUCUAAACCUAAAAAGAAGUGA